AUACUGCCCAUCCAUGGCUAUGCCAAUUUGCACAAAAUAAUUUUACCAUUUUUAACAUAUUUAUUUUGUGUGUACAGUGCACCAGACAGUGAGAUUCUGCUUGAAAAUGAACUAAGGAAGCUGGAGUGUUACCACACCUGGGACCUAAAGAGAGAAGACACAGAUCUCAACUUCCUGGAGGUCAAGUUUAGUGAGAAUAUCCUCAUCAAACAAGAAUAUAUCGGUAAUUUUCAACAAAAUGGACUUCACUUUUUGGCCUACAUCAAAUUCUUGCAGGGUUACAAUGCCAAGUCCCUUGAAUACCUUGAACUAGCACUGCAGAAAAAUACUGGCGUUGCUAAAAAAUGUGCUGUGACCUAUGCAAGCUUGGCCUGGGUGUAUCACCAUAUGGGAGAUGCUGCAGCAGCCAAGUCCUACAUACAGAAAGUAAGGGAGACUUACAACACCAUCCCUGGGAACUCGCCAGAAGCUCUGCACCGGGAGGUGCUCAGUGAAAAGGCCUGGGCUCUCAUGCACUUCUCCAAAAAGCCACACUACUACACCCAAUCCAAAGAGCUCUUCCAAGAGGCCCUGCUAAAAGAACCAGACGACCAGGAGUGGAACACAGGGUAUGCCUUUGCCCUAUUCCACCUCGAGGGUCUGGAGACCACAAAAGAAAAAAGGCUCCCUGUGGAAGUCUCCCCUGCUGUACAGCAGCUCAAAAAAGCCCUGAUCCAUGACCCAGGCAAUCCGAUGCUUCAUGUUUAUCUGGGCCUGAAGUGCUAUAAGAAUGGACGGAACGUUGAGGCUUGGGAGCACAUAAACAAAUCCAUCGGCAUGGCACCGGACAACCUGACUGUUGUUCUACGGGUGGCCAAGUUCAUGAAGAAAGUGCAGUCUUAUGACAUGGCACUGCACAUACUGCUAAGGAUGCUGAAGAGGGCGCCAAACUCCUCUCGCUUGCACCAUGAAAUUGGCAACAAUUACCGCUGGCAAGCAAUAAGAAUGGGACAACCUCACGACCCCAAAAACAUUGGGAGGUGCAUUUUCCAUUUUGAGGAGGGGGCUCGUCUCAAUCCAUCUUACAUAUACCCUCAGGUGGAGUUGGCAAAGAGGUAUGCGGAAGUGAACAACGCUGAGGAAGCAGAAAAAAAAUUCCAGAAACUGUUUGCCCUUCCUGAUCUUCAGCCUAAAGACCUUCAGGCCUGCCACCGCAUGUAUGGCGACUUUCAUUUGCAUCACCUUGGUGCAGUAGCCACUGCUGUUAAGCACUACAAGCUCGGAAUGAGGCUACAGAAAAUCUCAACAGAAUGGUACCAGUGUCGCUCCCGCCUUUUCAAAGUCAUGCAUUCUGAUCACAAAGGCAUUUUUAAUAUUCUUGAAUUCCUAGAUUCAUUCAGGAUGGCAGAGCAAGAUCAUACGGAUCCAGCGGGCCAUGAUUCUGAUGAGUGCACCAGACAGUGAGAUUCUGCUUGAAAAUGAACUAAGGAAGCUGGAGUGUUACCACACCUGGGACCUAAAGAGAGAAGACACAGAUCUCAACUUCCUGGAGGUCAAGUUUAGUGAGAAUAUCCUCAUCAAACAAGAAUAUAUCGGUAAUUUUCAACAAAAUGGACUUCACUUUUUGGCCUACAUCAAAUUCUUGCAGGGUUACAAUGCCAAGUCCCUUGAAUACCUUGAACUAGCACUGCAGAAAAAUACUGGCGUUGCUAAAAAAUGUGCUGUGAUAUUUCAUCAUAUUUCAUCAGUCAUCAUAAAGCAAUGAGAUGAAGAAAUGUAUUAUUUCUUCAUGUAUAUAUCGAACAAAUAUUUUUCCUGCUAUUUAAUUUGCAAUAUUGUUAUGGUUAACCUAGGGCAGACAAAUGAAUGGUCUAAUAAAAUACAGAUCUACACAAGUUGCGAUAUGUAAACUGGACUUAAAUGUCAGUAUAAAAAUGUCAUCAUUUGUCAUUUAUCAUUAUCAUUUGUCAUUUAUCAUUUCAGUGUUUUUUUCUUUUCAAUUUUCUUUUAUUUAUUUUUUUAUUAUAAGAAAUUGCUUUAGACAUGGCGCAUUGGUCAUAAAUCAACAAUUUUUACCAUUUGGGGCAAUUAUUUUAGACUUUUUGAAUACAGAAAGUGUAGGUUCUGCUCAAGGUUUCUUCCAAAAGGAGCACUUUCUUGGCACCAUCACCUUGUGCUUGCUGUCAGUGGUUCAGGGCAGGCUUUCGGCUCCUCUAAAGUGUAGGCCUAUACAAGUGUAUGUAAAUGAAUGAAACUGAACUGAAUUGAAACAGAUGUGAUGCCACUAAGGCCACAAUUGCAUUUUGAUUGUGUGAGAGCGCAUUGCAGAACGUAAAAAAAACUAUAAUGGCCUUUAUGACAACCACUAUCACUUAUCCCUAUAUCAGUAGGCUAUGACUUGAUGUGCACUUAACAUCUGAAAACAGCAACUGGAAAACUGCACAUGUGUCUCAUACAUUGUAUGUCACAGCAGAACUUUAAGUAGCCUACAGUAUGUUAGCAGUUGGAUAGGACCUCUUAUAUGUGACUACAAACAUAAAGAUAUUUUCAGUAAUUACCAGAUAGUAAUAGGCUAAGACAUUUUAGUUAGGCCUAUAUGUUGAUUGGCCUUUGCAUUUUUAUCUGACCAAAAAAAUCACACUGUUGUAUAAUGAUGCAAGUAUAUGAA